ACACCCUCCCCACCUUAUGCUCCUGGAUUUAUCCCUUAAAAGGAACCUCAGACAGAUAUAUAACAACUCCUUAGCAAAUAAAUAGCAGGUCCACCACAGCAGAUUUGCAUCCUCUGCCUGGUCUGGAUCACUAGUGUGCAAAGAUGAAUGGCACUGAGGGAAACAACUUCUACAUCCCCUUGUCCAACAGGACAGGUCUAGUGAGGAGUCCUUUCGAGUAUCCUCAGUAUUAUCUCGCUGAACCAUGGCAGUUUAAAUUGCUUGCUGUCUACAUGUUCUUUCUCAUCUGUUUGGGUCUACCCAUCAAUGGCCUUACAUUGAUUUGUACAGCUCAACACAAAAAGCUCAGACAACCUCUCAACUUUAUUUUGGUUAACCUGGCUGUGGCUGGUGCCAUCAUGGUUUGUUUUGGAUUCACGGUCACUUUCUACACAGCAAUUAAUGGCUACUUUGCUCUGGGACCGACUGGCUGUGCGGUUGAGGGCUUCAUGGCCACACUUGGAGGGCAAAUUGCCCUUUGGUCACUUGUGGUGCUGGCCAUUGAGAGAUACAUUGUGGUCUGCAAGCCAAUGGGCAGUUUCAAAUUCUCAACCAACCACGCUUUGACAGGAAUUGGAUUUACAUGGGUAAUGGCCUUGUCAUGUGCGGCUCCACCUUUAGUUGGCUGGUCCAGAUAUAUUCCUGAGGGAAUGCAGUGCUCAUGCGGACCAGACUACUACACCCUGAAUCCUGAAUACAACAAUGAAUCAUAUGUCAUCUACAUGUUCGUCUGCCAUUUUAUAUUUCCGGUCACUGUAAUCUUCUUCACCUAUGGACGGCUUGUUUGCACAGUCAAGGCGGCUGCAGCUCAACAGCAGGACUCAGCAUCUACCCAAAAGGCUGAGAGGGAAGUGACAAAAAUGGUCAUCCUGAUGGUUUUGGGUUUCUUGGUGGCUUGGACCCCUUAUGCCACUGUUGCUGCCUGGAUCUUCUUCAAUAGGGGAGCAGCUUUCAGCGCCCAGUUCAUGGCUGUUCCUGCCUUUUUCUCAAAGAGUUCAUCCAUAUUUAACCCUAUCAUUUAUGUGCUGCUAAACAAACAGGUAAUCAUAUAUCAGAAUUGCCGAAAUGUAAAGACAUAUCCAUAUCCCAUUUCCUCUACUCUCUCAAUUACAAAAAAGUGGCAAGUCCACAAAAAUGUUCUAAGUGAAACAUUGUUCUUCACAGUUCCGGAGCUGCAUGAUGACCACUCUUUUCUGUGGAAAGAACCCUCUUGGUGAUGAGGAGUCGUCAUCUGUGUCCACCAGCAAGACGGAGGUGUCCUCUGUAUCUCCAGCAUAGACUGAACUUCUUUCACGAUUAUUUUCUUUUAGCCAAUGACCAAUUUCGACAUCUUAAAAAAAGAACAGAAAAAAACAGGGUUGAAUUAGUUGAUGCUUCUCAUUUGGCUGUGUUCACUAUUAUUACCAUUAAAUGAGCUCUCAAAUAUCAAGUAUAAUUAAAAGGCCUUUUGGCCUUAAUGGGUUAUCAGUGAACUUUUUUAUGAACUCCGACGCUAACAUCUUUGGCCUAAAAUGUGU